ACUGUUUUGUCCGUCUGUCAUUGAGAUGGGAAGGCGACAGGACUUACUUGCACUCGCUCCCUUUGACUCAUCAGUGGGCAAUACCAAAAGCGGAUUGGAAGUCCAACUGAAGAGAGACACAGGCAGACACGCAAGAGAAGAAAAGCCGAGGAGGAGUAGUAAGCAAGAGAGAUUCGGGAAGCAGCUCAGCUCUGCAUCGCGCAUUCCUCACGAUGCAUCAAGAUUCCCUCCAGUAGCUUUCGGACACCCCCACCCGGCCCACUGCGAGAUACCUCGCUCCCAUGGAUUACGAAAGGAUCCGAAAGCCCCAGGGUAAUGCUGGUGGGGGGUUGUCUCCCAGGAAGUUGAGGAGUAUGCUGCGUGGAGUUGAGAAGAAGAGGAAAGAAGAGGAGUGCCUUGAUUCUUUGGGGUUCGACAUGAGAUCUGAGUUGAACAAUGCGGAUGAUGCAGAUUCGUGUGAAAUCUCUGCAGGUGGCGACAGUUCGGAGAAUUGCAAGGAUGUUGAUGUUGUAACAGUUCUUCCUGAAUAUUCGGCUUCAACAAUGUCCGAUUUAGAGAUGGUUGGGGACUGUCGACUGAAGGAAAACUCUUUAGUCCAUUCAAGAUUCAGAGAGCAAGAAGACCUUCCCAUGGAUUAUGACGGUGUGAGUGUCUCAUCGUCUGUUUUUGAGUUUCAGAAGGCAGAGAGGGCUCAACAAAGAUUGCCCGUUGCUCCAUUCUCGAAACCGGCACCAUCUAAAUGGGAUGAUGCCCAGAAAUGGAUUGCAAGUCCCACAUCAAACAGGACCACAGGUGGACAAGCUAAGUGGGGUACUCGAAAGGCAGGUCUUCUUAGCUACGGGAGUCGGCAAUCAUCAUUGAAGGUGGUUACGGAAGUUCCUGAUCAGAGAACAGGUGGUUUAGGAGAACCGGAUACAAAGAGGAUUGAUACAAGUCAAGCUAGCAAGGAAGGUGCAGGCUCCAAAUUUGUUAGUUGGCAGGUUGAUAUGCAUCCUAUUGCAGAUCUAUAUGGAAGGCCCAUCCUUAUGGUGGAAAAUUCGAUUGCGGAGUCAGCUGUAAGUCUCAGUCAACAUGAUUCUGUAUCUAUUCAGAGUGCCACUACUUAUGUUCCACCACCUUCAACAGCAAGGUCAGUGUCAAUGAGAGAUAUGGGUACAGAGAUGACUCCUAUUGCUAGCCAAGAACCUUCUAGAACAGGAACUCCAAUCAAAGCAACUACUCCUACACGUAGCCCAGAUUCUUCUCGGCCUUCAACCCCUGCCAGAACCAUGCCAACAUCAUCGCAAGCUAAUUCAUCUAAUAAUCAUGGAAAUGAUAUGUCUGAAAAAGAGCUGCAAAUGAAAACAAGGAGAGAGAUAGUGGCUUUAGGGACACAACUUGGGAAACUGAACAUUGCUGCCUGGGCUGGCAAGGAGGACGAGGGCAAAGAUAUAUUGACUUCACUAAAAACUGAAGCCGUGACGCCACCAGCUAAAAGUGCUGUAGAAACACGUGCUGUGGCAUGGGAAGAGGCUGAGAAAGCCAAGUACAUGGCCAGGUUUAAACGUGAAGAUAUGAAGAUUCAAGCAUGGGAGAAUCAUGAGCAAGCGAAAACAGAGGCUGAGAUGAGGAAAAUUGAGGUUGAUGUGGAAAGGAUACAGGGACAGGCUCACGACAGGCUUACAAGCAAACUAGCGGCUCUGAGGCACAAGGCUGAAGAGAAGAGAGCAGCCGCCGAAGCCAAGAGGAACCGUCAAGCUCUAAAAGCUGAGCAACAAGCAGAGUACAUUCGCAAUACUGGCCGCAUCCCUUCCUCUUUUAGCAUUUGCAGUUGGUGCUGUUGAAUGCCAAGAAUGUUCAACGUACUGAUGCUCACCUUGUCACAAUGACGCUGUUGCCGUCAGCGAUUAAGUGCACGAGAAUGUUUAUAUACGCCGAUUAGUUCAAAGAUCAAAGACCCUGACCCAUUUUUCCUGGUCAAUGGGAAAAUGGAUGUAAUUGUAAGUAGUCAAGGAAAAGGACCUUCUCGAAAAGGCAUUGUUAGAACUUUAUUUAUUUAUCUUGUUGUACAUUAAACUUUUUCCGUUGUCGUGUACGUGCUGAGAAAUUCCAUGGGGAAGUAAUGCUUAAUCUGCCUCUGUUUGAGCA